GCAGUCGGCGGCACUCAACGCCGAGCGCCUGCCGCUGCCGCCGGUCCCUCGCACCGACCAGAUCGCCCAAGUGGUACGUGCGCCCUUAGCGGCUCGGAGCUGGCUUCUGUUUUCCGUUAGCCUCCGCCGACGGACAGAUGCAUACAAAUGCAUUUAGGAGCCCCCAGGACAAGGCGUGGACAGGUCUCCCUCGCGGCCAGGACGAAACUGCUGCUUCAUGUUAUUGUGCUAUGUGCACCAGGGGUUUCUGUUCAUGCGGGGGGACGAGGCAUAGAUAUUCUUCAUCAACUAGGCCUUGGAGGCAAAGAUGUAGGACACUCGUCACCAGUGACCGCUGUGCCAUCACUGUCCAUGCCAUCACCUCAGGGGGUCCAUGUAACAAAUGACUCUUACGUUGAGUCACCGCUCACGAAAGUUUUACCGGUCAGCCUAGCGCAGCCAUUUACAGUAAUAAUUGGGUUACAGUCCCAUAAAGUCAGCAGUGCAUUUCUCUUCAGCAUUCGAAGCAAAGACAGGCUGCAGCUGGGAGUACAGCUGUUACCUAAGAGGCUCGUGGUGCACCUCGGGGGAACGCAGGCGGUGAGCUUCAGCCACAGCGUUCACGACGGGCGGCGGCACGCGCUGGCCAUUGCCGUCAGCCGUCGGGCGGUCUCUCUGUUUGCUGAGUGCGGAGGGAAAUCCUUUCGCAGAGAGACUCUUGCGGACGCUCAGACCUUCGAUUCCGACAGUGUGUUUACCUUAGGAAGUCUGAGCAAUGACUCCGCCUGUUUUGAAGGCGUGCUGUGUCAGCUGGAUAUCAUUCCUUCCGUAGAAGCACCUGCAGACUACUGCAGAUAUGUGAGACAGCAGUGUCGCCCCGCCACAAGCCUUCUUCACAGCACCAUUGUACCAGCUGAGAUACCCGAAAACUCCCCGCUGCCCAAAAGAUCUGCUGCCAAGGCCCUGUCAGAGGACCCAUUUCCCGCAGGCAAGGGUGGUCCUGAUGUCACCUCCAGUGACUCUGCAGCAGUGCGUAAACAGCGAAAACACCAGCCAUCAGGGUCGCAGCUCACUUCUCCUCCUUCGGGGAAUGUCUCUGCUGUGGGUCGUAUGAAUCAUGGGAUUCAGACCAAAGAAAUGAUUCCUGAGCAACUUGCUCAGACGAAUGCAAGCCUGCCAGUGACCCAUCGCAGCCUCGGUGAGGCGAGAGCAAAGAGCACGGAGAGACUGAGUUCUCUUCCCAAUGCGUCGGACGACACUGCACAGCGCAGCGAUCCCGCACCUGCUCUGUCACCAUUGAAGAAGGUGUCACCUACUCGUCCGCACAGGAAACAAGACACACCUCUCAGGAAGGCGAUUGCAGCAAAUCUACAUACUAAUGAGCUCACGGAACUGCAACGGAUUUUAAACACAACCUUUUACCGCAGGUCUGAGGAGCCAUCUGCGGGCAGUCCCCCCGAUCUAAGGAAGGAAGGUGGACUGGACCCUGACGCCGCUGACCCCAUGGACAGCAGCUACGAAACCGGGCGGAACGCUGACUGUUCCGACGACGAGCGUCUGAACACAGUGCUCGAGAUGGAGACUCUAAGAGGGCUGAAAGGGGACCCUGGACCUCCCGGUCCCCCCGGCCCGGCAGGCAUCCCAGGCCCAUCGGGAAGGAGAGGUCCACGGGGCGUACCGGGGCCACACGGAAAUCCUGGGUUACCUGGACUGCCAGGUCCAAAGGGCCCCAAAGGAGAUCCGGGUUUUUCCCCAGGUCAAGCCAUUUCUGGAGAAAAGGGGGACCACGGCCUCUCCGGACUCGUGGGGCCGCCCGGCGAGCGGGGCGCUAAGGGGCCCAGAGGAUACCCGGGGCUUCCAGGGCUCCGAGGCGAACAGGGAAUUCCAGGAUUCACUGGUGAUAUUGGUUCACGUGGUUACCCUGGCAGGCAGGGUUUAGCUGGACCCGAAGGUGAUGCAGGACCCAAGGGCGCCCGCGGUUUCAUUGGCUCUCCUGGAGAAGUAGGACAACUGGGACCUGAAGGAGAACGAGGUGUCCCUGGGAUCCGUGGAAAGAGGGGCAUUAAGGGAAGACAGGGGUUUUCAGGUGACGUUGGCGGCAGAGGCCCGGCCGGUCCUGACGGCAGUCCUGGACUUGUAGGUAGCAUGGGUCCUCCAGGAUUCCCUGGGCUUAGAGGCAGCGCUGGUCCUCUGGGACCCCUUGGACCUUCUGGAAUCCCUGGCCCCGUGGGUCUUUCAGGGAAUAAGGGCCUACCUGGAAGCAAAGGUGAUAAGGGUGAACAAGGCAUCAUGGGAGAGCCCGGAGAGUCAGGGUAUCCUGGAGACAAGGGCGCGGUGGGCUUCCCAGGACCACGAGGCGCCAGAGGAAAGCCAGGACCUUCGGGCCAAGCAGGCGACCCAGGACCCCAGGGACCAUCUGGCCCUCCAGGACCAGAGGGUUUUCCAGGAGAUAUUGGGAUUCCUGGACAGAACGGUCCUGAAGGAUCAAAGGGACACAUUGGAAAUAGAGGGCCUACUGGGCCUCCUGGUCUCAAAGGAGCUCAGGGAGAAGAAGGACCCAUUGGACCCUUUGGAGAACUGGGGCUAAGAGGAAAACCCGGUCCAAAGGGAUAUGCAGGUGAACCUGGACCAGAAGGCCUGAAGGGGGAAGCAGGGGACCAAGGAAACAUCGGAAAAAUUGGUGACGCGGGACCUGUUGGCUUACCUGGAGAAGUUGGGGUGACUGGCAGCAUUGGCGAAAAGGGACAGCGAGGAAGUCCAGGCCCAGUAGGUCCCCAGGGAGACAAGGGUGCUAUGGGCUAUCCGGGUCCUCCUGGGGUUCCAGGACCCAUGGGUCCACUGGGAUUACCUGGUCCUGUUGGGGCAGGAGGUCCGCCUGGGAGUCCAGGUCCGAAAGGACGGAGAGGACCAAAAGGACCCGAGGGUCUCUCAGGAGAACAAGGUGUCCAGGGCGCCAAGGGUGAAAAAGGCCAUCAAGGAAAAAGAGGGCCGCACGGGCUGACGGGCCAGACCGGACGCCCUGGAGAGAGAGGCCUUCAGGGGAAGCCGGGUGUGCAUGGACCCCCCGGGAGUCCGGGAGACAGGGGACCUGCAGGAGAACCGGGCCCUCGAGGACUGCAAGGUGAUGCGGGACCACCUGGAGAGGCGGGUGCUGAGGGACCUUCCGGCGUGGACGGAGAAGCCGGUGUGCAGGGCGAUCCGGGUGCAAAGGGAGAUGCUGGACCUGCAGGCGGUGUUGGAGUUUCUGGGGAGCCAGGGUUACGGGGUGAACCAGGAGCUCCUGGGGAAGAAGGCCUCCAAGGAAAAGAUGGAUUGAAGGGGAGCCCAGGAGGAAGGGGACUGCCUGGAGAGGAUGGAGAAACCGGCGAGACGGGCCUGCCAGGGAGCGUGGGGCCCUCGGGCGGACCAGGGCCACCGGGCCCCGCGGGACCUGAAGGAGUUGUGGGAAUUCCAGGACAAAGAGGCCGUCCUGGGAAAAAGGGUGACAAAGGACAGCUGGGGCCCACGGGAGAAACUGGAAGCCGAGGGGCCCCGGGACCACGUGGAGAAAGCGGUCUGAAAGGCGCCAGAGGCACUAGAGGUGCCGUGGGACAUUUAGGAUUGAUGGGACCUACUGGAGAACCAGGGAUUCCAGGACUUAGGGGCCGUGAAGGUCAACCGGGACUUUCUGGGUUGCCAGGACCUCAAGGAGAAAAGGGUUAUCCGGGAGAGGAUAGCACCGCCCUAGGACCACCUGGGCCUCGAGGUGACCCAGGUCCAGUGGGGGAACAAGGAGCGAGAGGAGAGCCUGGAACAGAAGGCUAUAAGGGCCAUGUGGGAGUGCCAGGACCAGGAGGGGCCGCUGGACAGCAAGGGCCCCCAGGUGAGCCGGGUGAGCAGGGCGAGCGAGGACCCCGCGGAGAGAGAGGAUCUGAAGGUCCUCGGGGGAAGAAGGGCGCUGCCGGUCCUUCCGGGAGACCUGGGCUUCCUGGACGUCCAGGCCUGCCUGGGCCGAAAGGCAUUCGAGGACACCAUGGAGCAGAAGGCGUUUCAGGAAAUCCUGGAAAAGCUGGGCCACCGGGAAAACAGGGACUUCCUGGCGAAGGAGGCAGCCCGGGAAGAGCGGGACUGUCCGGGUCUCCAGGUCCUCCAGGAGCCAGAGGGCCCGCAGGCCCACCAGGAAGCCCCGGAGGCCGGGGCCCGCAGGGUGAACGCGGGCUGCCUGGGCAACCUGGAAGUCCAGGUAAUCGAGGUCACCAAGGAGCACAAGGCGGCCAAGGACCACGCGGCGAGCCUGGCGCGAAAGGGCAGACCGGCGAACACGGCGCUCAAGGUCUGGCAGGCUUCCAAGGAUUCCCAGGCCCCAGAGGUCCUGAGGGAGAUGCCGGCGGUGUUGGAACACCAGGGCCUAAGGGCCCUUCUGGACAGAGAGGAAACACUGGAUCCCUUGGCAGAGAAGGUAUAACAGGCCCGGCGGGUAGAACUGGACCCAGAGGUGAAAAAGGCUCUAGAGGUGAAACGGGCCCCCAGGGACCAAGAGGAAAACCAGGGCCUCCCGGUCCACCUGGAGCACCGGGCCCAAGAAAACAAAUGGCUGUCAGUGCUGCUAUUCAAGCCUCGACUGGCUCACAUGCUGCCCUGUGGAUGGAGGGCUGCCAGAACACCGACGUGACUUUAAUUGACCACAGUGCAGAGAUAUUCAAAACCUUGAAAUACCUUAGCGAUUUACUGCGCAGCAUCAAGAGUCCUCUUGGCACUCGAGAUAACCCAGCACGAAUCUGCAAAGAUCUGCUCAACUGUGAACACAGAGUAUCAGAUGGAAAAUACUGGAUUGAUCCAAAUCUUGGAUGCCCUUCAGAUGCCAUUGAGGUUUUCUGCAAUUUCAGUGCUGGUGGUCAGACGUGUUUAUCUCCGGUUUCGGUGACAAAGUUGGAGUUUGGAGUUGGAAAAGUCCAGAUGAACUUCCUUCAUUUACUGAGCUCAGAAGCCACCCACGUCAUCACCAUUCAUUGUCUAAACACUCCUGCGUGGCCAAGUGCUCAGACGAGCUCAGCACUGACUCUUGGUUUCAAGGGAUGGAAUGGCCAGAUUUUUGAAGAAAACUCUCUACUUGAACCCAAAGUGCUUUCAGAUGACUGCAAGAUUCAAGACGGCAGCUGGCGUAAGGCAAAAUUCCUUUUUCACACCCAGGACCCUAACCAACUUCCAGUAACUGAAAUACAAAAUCUUCCUCAUCUCAAAGCCAAACAGAAGUACCACAUUGAAAGCAGUUCUGUAUGCUUUCUCUGAAGUCUCCGAAUUAGUUCAGAAUUCAUUCUGUUGGCCAGGUAAUUGCUGCAGAGAGAAAAAUAGAGACAGACAGAAACCAUUGGAUAUUAUGAAAGGCACAGGAUAAAGCAUUGGCUAAAUCUUAAAGAAUCUCAGGAAGAAAAGAAUUCCUCCUAAGGAGAAAAGGCAUUUUUUUAAAGGACUAUAACUGAUAAAGUAUUUAAUUCUUUUAAAAGUUAUAUUGAUCUGAGCUUUCUUAGAGACUUCCCUAGAGCUGAAAACUUAUAAACAUGGAAUUCUUCAGGGUAUUCUGAAUUUUCUGACUGUCUGAGAGCAAAGUACCCAUUAGACAGCUGGAGAUGCAAAGCACAGUGGAGCAAUACUGGCUAAUGCUCCCGAAUGUGCAAUGCUUCUGUCUAAAAACUGCAAAGCACAGUCUAAAUCGUGUAUGACCUUCCCAAGACGAAGCUGUAUUCCGGUCCCCAGGGGCACAUCCAUCUCGGCCGGUGGUACACUACCUCUUACGUACUGCUUUUUGCGUUGCUUGGUGCUCUUUCUAAAGCAAGGUGCUUAUGGCUUACAUAGACUCUUUUCUUCCUUUUUCGUCUUUGUCAGUCUUUAAGACUGUAUGUACUGGUUACAUCAAGACAUAUUUUGGCUGUUAGUACUCUUUUUCUGGUCAAAUACUUAAUAACAAGUAAAACAUUAUUUAUGUGAAAUCCUUGUUCUACUUUAAAAUUCUCUCUGUGGAUAUAGGACCAAAGUCAGCACAGUGUAAGCUGUGCUUAAGCACAAGAGAAUUGGGAGGGGUUUUUGUUUUUUAAAUUGCUGUAAAAAAUAUUAUAUAGGCCAGCUACAUCCAGUAGUAGGUUUGGGUUAGUUUAGGGGUUGUGAUAUACUAUUUUUAAAAACCCAAGAUCAUCUGGAAUGAUACUCUGUAUAUAUAUAUUUUGGUAAAGUUCUAAUUCAGCAAAUCUUUUGAAAUUGCUGCUGUUUUAAAUUAUAAAAACAUUACAUUUCUGCUUCAUAUAAAUUACAUGUUUUGUAAUUAUACAUUUGCUUUUACUGUUCUUAAUUUUAAUGUGCUGGGACCUAAAAUAAUUUACCAGUCUUUAAAGCCACCCUCAGGGGAACAAAAACAACCUUUUGCCAUUUAAAAUAGGCCCAGUAACUUCUGACUUCACAGCUGUCAGAGAAAUGUUACUUAAGUGCUAACAGAAAAAUAUUAUACCUUAUGGUACAUAGAACAGCUUGUACGUCUAUUAUAAACAUACCAGUAGCCACAGCAAACCACACUUACCUAUCUAUAAUAAAAAAUUAUUUAAAAUCUU